GUGUCCACUAAUCAAUAGGGAAGGAGGGGAUAGGGCGAAUGCUAGGGGCAGAAUGGUCAAUUCAGAGUAAGGCCGUGGAAGAAAAAUCUCAGUAAGGCCGUACGUGGGUGCUCCCGUGGGCCGUGACUCCAUGGAGCCCAACGCCGGGAAUUUUCAAUUUUGCAAUUUUUAAUAUUGUGAUUGCAAUUGAUUUUUUCUUGGGCCUCAUCCAAUGUCGAUUGCUACGGCGAAAUCCCUCGCCAGAGAGCUGUUUAUUCAUUUCCGGUCCAGGCCGCCGGACCAAAGGAGAUUCUGCCGGAAAAUUUCCGUUUCCGCAGCGGCUAAGGCUGGGUACAGACCUCUUAGAAGCAGAGGGAAAGGUGGGAAUGAAAGAAUCGAUAGGGAGAAGCAGAAAGAGAAAGCGGAAUUAUUGAAGAGGCGAACCAGGUCUGAGAGGGAGGUAGACGAAGAGAUUUUCUUGAAGCAGUAUGGAAAUGACAAUUCAGCUCAUAUCCCCGUCUUGCUCGGCGAAGUGCUCGACGUUUUUGCUUCGGUGCACCUCGAAUCUUUCGUCGAUUGUACUCUCGGCGCCGGCGGCCACUCCGCAGCGAUUAUUCAGGCCCAUCCGGAAUUGGAAGUUUAUGUUGGCCUUGAUGUUGACCCUGUUGCUCAUAAGUUCGCCGAAGCUCAAAUAAACGCUGUACUGCAGAAGGAUCCUUGUCAAAAUACAGCAGACUUGCAAGUGCAUACCCUCUUGGGGAACUUCAAAAGCAUUAAGACUGUUCUUCAUGGAAUUGAUGGAAGGCAUAAAGCUUCCGGAGUAAAAGGGAUUUUGAUGGAUUUGGGAGUAUCGUCUAUGCAGGUAAACAGACCUGAAAGAGGAUUUAGUGUGCUCUAUGAUGGACCUCUGGAUAUGAGGAUGAAUCCCCAGGCUAGUCUGAAGGCUGAAGAUAUUCUAAACCUAUGGCCAGAUGAUGAAGUUGGGCGAAUUUUACGGGACUACGGUGAAGAGACAAAUUGGUUGUCCCUACAGAGGAAAAUUGUCAAGGCUCGGUUAACAGGUGGACUGCAUUCUACACAAGAACUGGUUGAUCUCAUUAAAGGCUCAACUUCUUGGACAAGAGGAGGGAGGCAAGGCUGGAUCAAGACUGCAACACGGGUUUUUCAAGCUUUGCGAAUAGCUGUCAACGAUGAACUUAACACACUCAAGGAUUCAAUCCAUUCAUGCUUCCACUCCCUUGCUUCUGGAGGAAGGCUUGCUGUAAUAUCUUUCCAUAGUUUGGAAGACAGAAUCGUGAAGCAGACAUUUCUGGACAUUGUGAACUCCGGGGAUGAUACAAAUAGCCAAGAUCCAAAUUCAAAUAAUUCUGCAAAACCCGACGCCUGUAAGGAAAAAGAAGCAUGGAUAAAGCAGAUUGUGUGUGGCCCUAAUGGAAACAUCCUGACAAAGAGACCGAUAACACCAUCAGAAUCGGAAGAGAGAUUGAACGUUCGUAGCCGGAGUGCGAAACUAAGAGUAAUUGAAAAGAUCUAAGAUAGUUUUGUUCAUUUUUUAGUUAUUUUGAGGGAACUUUACAGUGUUAA